AUGUGCCUUAGCAACCUCUCCUUCUUCUUUGCCGCGCUGGAGAAGACGGAGGGUGGCGCGGACGCGCUUGUCGAGAUAUACGCAACGAUGGGGCUCAUCCUCGCCGGCGUCCUCUUCGACGGCGACACGGAGGCGACAGUGGAGGCGACGCGUGUGCUGGGCAACAUGAGCCUCACCAACGCGGGGCGUGACUGGAUGGAGUCGUGCCGCUGCGACGAGGUGUGUGUGGUGUUUCUCGGCCACGAGGACCCCCGCAUCGUGUACAACUGCUUCGGCGUGCUACUCAAUCUGACGGCGGCGGACACCUGCCGGGUGGCCACCGACCCAGAGCUGAUGCACAUGCUGCUGCAGCACACCGGGAGGUACACGCGCGAGGAUGGAAUCGCGGCGGAGAAGGCGAGGGAGAUGCGUCGACGCGAGAGCGUGACCAGCAGUGAGGGGGAAAAAGAGCUCAGCUACACGGAUCAAAUCGCGGACGUCGUGGAGAAGCUUCUGCUGAACCUCAGUGGCCUUGUCUAA